UCGGUUAUUUCACUGUGGAUUCCGGAACAGCUCACUUCCUGUCAGUGUUUAAAAGCUGCGGAUUUAGUUGUUUAAUGUUGAGUAUUGUUUGGAUUAAAGAUGACAUUCAGGAUAUUAUAAGAUAUUUUGAUACAGGCCGGCAAAGCUGUUCAUAAACUCGGUUCUUUGUCUGGAGAGGCAGGAAUUUAAGGAUGACCGAUUCAAACAAACCUCAGCGCAAGCUGUCCAGAUCAGGCGAAAGCUUAUACAAGACACUGGACUUGGAAAAAGGAGCUUCUCCUGAGGACAUUAAAAAAGCUUACAGAAAACUUGCACUCCGGUAUCACCCAGACAAGAACCCAGACAACCCAGAAGCUGCUGAAAAGUUUAAAGAGAUCAACAAUGCUAACUCCAUUCUUAAUGAUGAGACCAAACGUCAGAUCUAUGAUGAAUAUGGCUCCAUGGGUCUUUACGUUGCUGACCAGUUUGGAGAAGAUAGCGUUAAAUACUACUUCCUCAUGUCAAAGUGUUGGUUCAAGGCACUUUUUUUCUGUACCAUGUUCUUCACUUGCUGCUGUUGCUUCUGCUGUUGCUGCUGCUGCUGUGGGAAGUGUGGAGCAAAAGAGGAAGAGGAGGAUUAUUUCUACGUGGAUCCUGAGCAACUUGAAGCCCAAAUGUUUGAAGAGCAAAAUAAAGGGAAUCAGACCAUUAUCAUUGGACAGCCGGUUCCGUUUGCAGCGCCUGAAGAUUCACCACAGAGGCCAGUGAUCAUAGGCAUGCCUAGUUCUAGUACAGACGGCAUGAAAGAUUAAGGUGGAGACACAGCCAUAGAGAUACAGCCAGCUGUCUACAGAACAUCUGUCUUUUGCCUUUAAAGAUAGAACUGAGCAAAAGAGGACUGCCAUGUCUCUGUAUUUGGCCCAUUGUCAGGAAGGGGAAAGUUAAUAUUCAGCACAAUACUUGAGGAAAUUUUGGCUGAUAGUCAGGGGCUGUAUGUGGAGUAAGUGGUUCAUCUUCAUUCAGAAUGUAUUUACACGAGCUGUACUUUUUUUUCCUUCUGUACUCUUAAUGUGGUAUCAGGUUCUUUCUUAUAUUUAGUUAUUUAUAUUUAGUGAAAUCUUUUAAAUUGACAAAAACAAAUAAAUUGCUUUUGACUGGGCUUCUUGAGCCAAAAGAAAUAUGUUGGUUUUCAUAUUGUUCGAGAUGGAAAAACUUAAUACAAUUACAUAACAUCUUUAGUAGCACCCAAUACCAGUAUGUUAAUUCACAAGUUUAAAUGGCAACUAUAUUUUAGUUGAAAUAACUGUGGCUCUGACACUUUUUAUAAAAAAAAUCUUAACAGUAUUUAAAUAUUUAAAAUGGAUGAUACAAAUACUUUUAAAGGCAGCAGUGAUUGGACUAUAUUGUUGUAUUUGAACACUGAAGUAACAACUGUGCUUGAGACUGUACUCUGGUUUAAAAAAUGCAAGCAAAUUAGUUUUUGAUAUCUACAUGUAUGUAUGAGUGCAAUAUUUUUUUAUUUUUUUAAAUCUGCCUCAGAAUAAAUACUGUGUAUGCAGGCUUUGAGUGGAAAACAUUACCCAACUACCAAAAACAAAACUAGUAAUUUGAAAUCUUGUCUGGACUGGUAUUUAACAACAUUUUGUGAAUAUUGUGUUAAGUGCAAGUCUUGGGUUACUCAGGUAUCUGCUAGAUUUAUGUUUUCAUGCUUCUUGGAUCUCACUAAGCUAUUUUACUUUUUUUUUUUGAGGAGUGUGAAAAAUGGCUUAAUUGUAACUUUAAAAAAAAAAAAUUUAAUUAGCGUAAUGCAGUUAGUACAGUACAAUAUUUCAGAUGUUUGUGCAAUAAAAAUGUAAUCAAAUUGGUGUACGAAAUGAUAAAUGGAAUAAAUAUUUUUGAUUGCCA